AUGGCUUCCCAGUUCCAGUCUCAGGUCCUCGAAAAUGGCCAGUGGGUUGCGAGGACCUUGAAUGUCAACGACGUCCUGAGCAAACCCGCCACGAAACCAACCAAGCAAAAACAACCACCGCCCCAAUGCGGCAUCAUGACCAGAACCUUGGUCGAAAGCCCGGUUGCUCAUUGGAUCCUCCCCGUGCGACUCCGCUCCCCUCAGCACAACGAUAUUGCAAUAGUGGGCGAUCACUACGUGCAAAUAUCAGAGCUUCAGGACGAUUUGCAGCUUCACAGCAUCGUCAAGAAGAAGGAUUUCGGGUCGCGUAUUCGCAAUGCCAAGGUCAUUGGCACUUUUAAUAGGGACGACAUUGACGCCAGCAGGUUCCAAGCCAGCCGAUCUCAUUCGCAGCAUCAGGACGAUGAUAUUGACGUGGGCAUGUCGGAGGUUUCUACCCCGGCGUCAUCCCCAAACCCGCCGCACCUACCUCCUCAGCUCCUCCUGAUUGUCCUGGAGACAGGCGACUGCGUGUUCCUUUUCCUGCGGUCUGGAAGAGAUGGAUCAUUCGAAUUUGCUGCAGUACAACACGAACUUGAUACUACGCGCCUCGUUCGUCCCGGUUUCCAUUUGGCAGUUGACCCGAGCUCGAGGUAUGUGGCUCAGGCCUGCUCCAGGGACAUCUUCGUUGUUCACGAGCUUGAAUCGAUCAGCAACCUAAACAACUCUUUCAUACAUGGCCAGCCCUUGAGACCGGUCAAAUCAUCCCGCCCGCGGGCUGUCAACGGCACAAUCCAUACCAUGGAGUUUCUCUAUCCCAGGCCACAAGAUCCUCACCACAUCAUAUUGCUGCUCAUAGUGGUCAACAGGGGAGUGCCCCGCAUGGUCACGUACGACUGGGAGCUGGGUGAUGAUAUCGGAGAGGUGUUGUCCGCGGAGAAAAUGGGCCAUCUGUUGCCAAGAGAUCACGAGAUGCCGCUCCUCAUAAUCCCACUCACCAUACGCACGGCGUUCUUUGCCGUCUCAGAGGGGGAAAUCGCAUACUGCAAAGACAUACUACACGGCUCUCCUACUUUUGAGCCUUGCGAGAUUGGGGACUUCCCUCCAUCCGAGCAUCAUGACGGGGCGGAACUCCCGCUGUGGACAGCCUGGUCCAGACCUCCUCGACUGUCAAGAUUUCAUCCGAAAAACGAUCAUAUAUACGUUGCGAGGGAGGAUGGGCUCGUGUUAUUCCUCGAAUGUGACUCUGACAACAUUCUUGGAGCUUCCUUCAACCACGGAACAUUUUGCAACGUGUCGACAGCCUUUACGAGUCUUUCGCACCACAACGACGAUAUCCUAGUGUUUGGAGGAGACUCUGGGCUUGGGGGCGCACCUCCGAGGGAACAGGUCGCGCGACUAAGUCAGAUUCCAAACUGGUCGCCGACUGUUGAUUUCGUCACAACAAACGAAUCUCGCCGCUGGGAUGAUCACGAUGGUGCCACAGGGAAGACAGGAACUGGCUCUGGUUGGGAUACCGAUAUCCUGUCGCCUGGUUUCCUCAAACCAGAUAAAAUAUUUGCCGCAGCGGGGAGAGGGCGAAAUGGUUCAAUUGUGGAAUAUCGUCAUGGCUUGCAAGCAAACAUUGGUAUAGAUUUCGACUUUGGCACAGUGGUCAAACGGUGUUUUAUGCUUCCGGCCAACGUAUCAGACCGGGACUACGGCCAUCAUUUGUUGUUAUCGCUGCCUGGCAGAUCUGCCCUUCUUCGUUUUGACUCGGACUUUUCCUCGACCUUUGACGUGGAUCCCGACGAAACGCCAUACGACAUAUCUUCACCGACUCUGAUGGCAAGACGUAUCUCCGAGGAAACCAUCGUUCAGGUCACCGAAAGUGGUAUUGUGUUCAUCAAUUCCUCCACGAGCAACCAGUUUUCCUUCUCUUCUUUAGGGGUUGGAAGUGCGGCUGUCACAGAUGCUACGAUCCAACGGAACCAGCUGGCAAUCACGUCUCAUUCGGCGAACGACUUUGAGCUGCACAUCAUCCUGCUUGAUGGUUCCCGCCUUGAGGCAAGGCAUCUGCAUAAGGAAACUUUCGAGGGAGAGGUGACGUGUCUCGGGCUCUGUGACAUUGGGGGCAAAACCCACGCUGUUGCAUGUCUAUGGUGGAACAGCGCCGUCUACCUGGACUUGUACAGCGUCCAGGAUAAGGAGCACGUGAAACUCAUCCCUAUUCAAUCUUUUGCCGAAGAUCUUUCGCCAGACGAUCCCCAGAGGAGUCUGUUAGACAAUAUGGAACCUUUCACAAGCAUCGUGCCAAUUUUACAUGGCGCUGGAAACAAUGUUCUUGUUUCUGGAAGCCGCGAUGGGGCCUUGAUGACGCUCAGCCUUGGUGAUAAUUACGAAGUCGCGUCGGUGUCUCUAGAAAAGGUGGGCUCUGUGCCAGCCUACGUAUACGCAGCGUUUGACGGAUCGGCAUUUGUCUGCUGCGACUCGAGCUUCACGCUGAUUAGCGACUUCCAAGGAGGCAAGCGAGGAUUUGCCAAGAAACAAAAUGUGUGGACUGUGGAUGCGAACGACAGCAGCAAAGUCGCUCCGAGCUUUACUUCUGUUGUGGUUCUUCAAGAGAGUCUGUCUGGCAAUGUCGCCAACACGCCGCUGCUUCUUCUCGCGACUGACCAUGUUUUGCUUUCCGAGUUGCAACCAGAUGUGGGACCUGUCCAACGGCAUAUACCCUUGGGCAUGACGCCCCAGAAACUGCUUUACUCGCACGUCCUGAAAUGUCUGGUCGUGGGCGCAAGAACACUUGAUGACAGGCCCACUUUGAGGUUUAUUGACCCUGACACUGGAGAUGAUCUCUCACUUCCUUUGCACGGCCAAACGAAGGAGCCCAUUGAUUUCAUAAACGGGCUAGGGAAGUCUGGAGACCGGGUUCUCUGCCUAGAUGAGUGGCAUGUUGAGUCGAAGAACAAGAACUUCUACUUCAUUCUCGUUGCAACGAAUGGAGGUCCCGGGGAUGGCGGGAGGGUUUUGAUCGUUUCCACACAACUAGAAAGGCCAGCACAAGGUGAGAGCCGUGGAAGAAUAUCAUUCUGGACUCGGCACAGGAUAAAAGGGCCGAAGGAGCCUGUGUACGCUGUCACCGCCGCAGGUCGCAAGAUCCAGGCCGCCUUCCACUCGGAGCUCGUCUACUACAGAUUAGACGACGGAGAAAAGAAACUUACACAGGUGUCCACGACCCGGCUUGACUCAGAGGCCUGGAGGCUGAGCAUCCUCCCCAACUCGCCGCACACCCUGGCACUGACGAGGCGGGAAUCUCUGUGGGUACUUGAAGAGGCUGAAAACGAUACCGACGGCUUCGAAGUGCGUCAUGUCAACCCACACACGCCACUCAGCUUAGACAUGCUCGAGGUGGCCGGAGGUUGGUCCUCGCCGCCUAUAACCGCGAUGCCAUCGGAGCCGGAGCCGUCGAUCAUCCUUGUCGCCGACCAGGAAUGUGGCCUCAACGGGCUCUGGAUACCCUGGGACUCGCCCGACAAGGACUGCGAUGUGCUAUUUGAGACGGAUCUCCCGUCCACGGUGCGGCGGCUCCGACUGGGGCGGACGCUACCGCCGUGGGCGCGCGACGCGCGAGGUCGCAACAAGAGGUUCGGGCUGCUGCCAGCGUCUGUCAACGACGCCGAGGUGCUAGGGAUGGGCAUUGACGGGUCGCUGCAGCACUUCACGCUACUGGACCUCGGGGCGUGGCGGUUCCUGCGGUUCCUACAGAACGUGUCGGAGACGUCGGCGGAGCUGUACCCGUUCACGUACAUGCAGUUCGAGUCGCUCGAGGACGAGGCGGCGUUCGACCCGCGGCCGUCGACGGACCGCGACACGCUCGAGCGGCAGGUCGACGGGGACCUGAUGCGGCGCAUCCUGGACCGGCGGGCGCUCGAGGGCCUCGUCUGGACCAAGCACGAGUGGGUCGGCUACUUCAUGGAGUUUCUCGACGGCGUGGACGGCGGGAAGUGGACGAGGUUCGAGGGCGUGCUGGAUGAGGAGGAGAGGAGCAGGGCGUACUUCCGGCUGGCUUAUGAGAUACUAGAGUAUUUCCUCGUUCCGAUCAUUUGA